AUGGACUUCCAAAAGGAGGAAUCGGUUUUAGACCUCAACAACAUCCGUGCCGCCCUAGUGCGGAUGGAAGACACGAUUGUGUUUGACCUCAUUGAACGGCUGCAAUUUUUUGAGCUGCCCAGCGUGUAUGAGAUCAACAAAUAUCUGAUUGAGGAUUUCCUGGGCCUGUUUAUGGAAUGGCUUCUUUUGCAGACAGAGAAGAUGCACUCCCAGGUCAGGCGUUACGAGGCGCCAGACGAAACGCCUUUUUUUGCUGACAAGCUUCUCAAGCCAAUUCUUCCCUCCAUCAAGUAUCCCCAGAUUCUCGCACACUACGGUGAUGAGGUGAAUGUGAAUGCCGAAAUCCUCAAGUUUUACGUUGAGGAAAUCGUGCCUCGUGUUUCCUGUGGCAAAGGCGACCAAAGCGAAAAUUCCGGAUCUGUCGCCGUGUGUGAUGUGGAGUGUUUGCAAGCCAUUUCUCGCAGAAUCCACUUUGGCAAGUUCGUCGCAGAAGCCAAGUUCAGACUGGACAGAGAGCUUUACACCAAGCUAAUUAAGGAGCGCGACGUGGAAGGCAUCGAGGCCAGCAUCACGAAUAGUGCUGUGGAGCAGAAAAUUUUGGACCGGUUGAAGGAGAAAUGUGAGGCAUAUGGCACAGACCCAGGACUCCGGUGGUCGCAGCUAGUCCAGCUGAAAGUAAAGCCGGAGGUGAUUGUGGACUUAUACAAGCGCUAUGUGAUUCCGCUCACAAAGAAAGUGGAAGUUGACUACUUACUCCGAAGAUUGGAGGAUCCUUUGUAA